AUGGCAUGUGGAAAGAGCUUCAGUGAAAGUGGAAAACUUAGAAUACACCAACGAACUCACACAGGGGAGAAACCUUUUAAAUGUACUGUAUGUGGAAAGAGCUUCAGUGAUAGUGGAUCACUUAGAAUACACCAACGAACUCACACAGGGGAAAAGCCAUAUAAAUGUAUUGAAUGUGGAAAGAGCUACAGUCAAAAUGGAUACCUUAGAAUACAUCAACGAAUUCACACGGGGGAGAAACCAUUUAAAUGUAUUGAAUGUGGAAAGAGUUUCAGCAAAAGUGGAGUACUUAGAGUACACCAACAAACUCACACAGGGGUGAAACCAUAUAAAUGUAUUGAAUGUGGAAAGAGCUACAGUGAAAAUGGAUACCUUAGAAUACACCAACGAACUCACACAGGGGAGAAACCAUUUGAAUGUUUUGAGUGUGGAAAGAGCUUCAGUACAAGUGGAGACCUUAGAAUACACCAACGAACUCACACAGGGGGAAACCAUUUAAAUGUAUUGAAUGUGGAAAGAGUUUUAGCAUGAGCGGAGCACUUAGAGUACACCAACGAACUCACACAGGGGAGAAACCAUUUAGAUGUAUUGAAUGUGGAAAGAGCUUCAGUACAAGCAGAGCACUUAGAAUACACCAACGAACUCACACAGGGAGAAACCAUUUGAAUGUUUUGAGUGUGGAAAGAGCUUCAGUACAAGUGGAGACCUUAGAAUACACCAACGAACUCACACAGGGGAGAAACCAUUUAAAUGUAUUGAAUGUGGAAAGAGUUUUAGCAUAACCGGAGCACUUAGAGUACACCAACGAACUCACACAGGGGAGAAACCAUUUAGAUGUUUUGAAUGUGGAAAGAGUUUUAGCAUAAGCGGAGCACUUAGAGUACACCAACGAACUCACACAGGGGAGAAACCAUUUAAAUGUAUUGAAUGUGGAAAGAGCUUCAGUACAAGUGGGAAACUUAGAAUUCACCAACGAACUCAUACAGGGGAGAAAUCAUUUAAAUGUAUUGAAUGUGGAAAGAGUUUUAGCAUAAGCGGAGCACUUAGAAUACACCAAAGAACUCACACAGGGAAGAAACCGUUUCAGUGUAUGGAAUGUGGAAAGAGCUUCAGUCAAAGUGGAUAUCUUAGAAGACACCAACAAACUCACACAGGGGAGAAACCAUUUGAAUGUUUUGAGUGUGGAAAGAGCUUCAGUACAAGUGGAGACCUUAGAAUACACCAACAAAUUCACACAGGGGAGAAACCAUUUAAAUGUAUUGAAUGUGGAAAGAGCUUCAGUACAAGUUCGAAACUUAGAAGACACCAACGAAGUCACACGAGGGAGAAACCAUUUCAAUGUAUGGAAUGUGGAAAGAGCUUCAGUGAAAGUGGACAUCUUAGAAUACACCAACGAACUCACACAGGGGAAAAACCAUUUAAAUGUAUUGAAUGUGGAAAGAGCUUCAUUGAUAGUGGAUCAUUUAGAAGACACCAACGAACGCACACAGGGGAGAAACCAUUUAAAUGUAUUGAAUGUGGAAAGAGCUACAGUCAAAGUGGAGCACUUAGAAGACAUCAACGAACUCACACAGGGGAAAAAUCACAGAUACUUUAA